AUGCCGCCUCGGAAGAAGCCGUUCAGUGGGAAGGCCAAGAAACAGCAACUUCGUGACGCUCGAAGCAGGAAACGCGACGCCGUUGACUCGGAUGAUGACGAGGCGGUCAAUGCCCCAGACGCAGCUGGUCCGCCGCAAGCGGUUCCGGGUGGACGCAGCAACCUCCGAACGAUCUUCCAGAAGGAACCCAAGUCUGCUGUUGAUGCGCGGAAGAAAGACGCGACGCGGGAGCUCGUGUACGCAAAAGAUCGGGGCAGUUCUCAGACCAUCUACGCGUACGGGAUCCAGGAUCCAGCUAAUCAGCCACGCAUUUUGACCAAGCCCGAGUGGUCGCGGGACAUGACUCCUGAAGAGCUGGACGACGUGGACAGUCGAGCUUUUACAGAGUGGGUCGAGUACCUGGAGCAAGAGACAGCGCGUCGUAGCGACGGCACGCAGCUCAACUUGUACGAGAGGAACUUGGAGGUCUGGCGCCAGCUGUGGCGAGUGGUCGAGCGCUCGUCGGUUCUCGUUCAUCUCGCAGACGCUCGCUGUCCGUUGCUGCACAUCAGUGACCAACUAAUGACGCACAUUCGCACGAAGUUUCCACGGAAGCGCGUGGUGCUGGUGCUCACAAAGACUGACUUGGUUGCGGCAGAGCGUGUCGAGAAGUGGUCACGGUAUUUGCAAGCACGGUAUGGACAAGACCUCCCCGUGUUAGCGUAUUGCCGCGACACAAUGGACGAGAGCAACGCUGCCCUCAUGCGAGCUAUUGGUCAAGUGAGUGCUGGCAUUGAGCAGCAAGCCUGUACUGAAGACUCCACUGGAGAAAGAGACGAACACACGACGCUCACGGUUGGUUUCAUCGGGGAGCCCAACGUCGGCAAGAGCUCGCUGCUCAACAGCCUCUUUGAACGAAAGCUCGUAAGCGUGUCGGCUACCCCUGGGCAUACCAAGCAUCUGCAGACGCACUACUUUGACCGCGUGGAGAUGCUCGGGUGCAGCCACAGCGCCUUUUCCCGCAUCCUCAUGUUUGAUUGCCCUGGCGUGGUCUUUCCCCGCUUCAACGUGCCUGUUCUCCUGCAGAUUCUGUUUGGCAGCUUCCCCAUCGCCCAGACACGUGAGCCUUUCAGUGCUGUGCGCUUCAUUGCCGAGAACUGCGCGCCGCACCUGCAUGAGGUGUACAAACUGAAACCCGUGGAGAAAGAUGACGACAAUGAGCAGUGGAGUCCGUACACUUUGUGUGCGUCGUACGCGCAGCUUCGCGGCUUCCGCAUGAAAGGCGGUAAACUGGACGUGCACCGCGCUGCCAACUUGUUGCUGCGGGACACACUCAAUGGCAAGAAAGUGGUUCUCUCGUUCCCGCCGCCAGCAGAUGCCACAGCUGCCACGCCCGUUCCUGAUGUUUCGUAG